AGUCCUCCUCUCCAGUGAAAAGCGCUGUUGGUUUUCAUCCGUGUUAAAAAGGAAAAAGACUAAACGUCUGCCCCUUUAUCGCGUUCACGUGGGACUUUGAGUAGAGACUGUCUCGUGUGCUGACAGCUGAUGCAAACAAGCUAACCUGUUCGAUACACUUCAACAGCCCCGCAGUUUCUUUUAUUUGAGCAUUAAAAACAAGUGGAGUCACUGCCAACGCGUGUGCGUAAACGCCAAACUUUCCUUUGACAAGCGUCACUUGUUUCUCAACCAAGUGGUGACAAUGUCAGAAGAACUUGAACAGAUCCUCCUGCGAAUGACAGAGCCUGACAAUGCUCUAAUCCAUCAGGCCACAAUCCAGUUAAAGCAGGUUUUCAAAGACCCUGCCAUCAUCCCUGCCCUUUGUGCUGUCAUGAGUGGCUCCCAAAGCCCUCAGGUCCGUGAGGCAGCUGCAGUGAUGCUGCGGCUAAGAGUGAAGAAACAAUGGAGGAAGAUAAGUCAUGCUGACAGAGACUGCCUCAAAGUGGUGGUGUUGCAGGCCUUCAUGCAGGAAACAGAACACCAAGUGCAGCACUCUCUCUCCCAGUUGUGUGCUAUGAUGGUCAAGUAUGAGACCCCUGAUAACUGGCCUGCCCUGCUGCAGCUCCUGAAUCAAUCCACCAAGAGCAUCAACCCACAUGAUAGACAGGUUGGACUGCUGCUUUUGAACAAGGUGAUUGAGUCCAACCCAGAGCCUUUCCAGCCUCACUACUGCCAGCUUCUGCAGCUCUUUAGUACGGUGCUGCAGGACCACAACAACCCAACGGCCUUGUACUACUGCAUCCUCAGCCUCACAGCCAUGACUGCGUACACUGGCACCCAACACAUGAACCAGAUGCGCUCAAUCAUCCCAAAUCUGAUUGUCGCUCUGAAACACCUCAUUAAAGCUAAUCAGACUCAAGCCACUGAGGCAAUGGAGGUGUUCAAUGAGCUAAUGGAGAGUGAGGUUGCCAUCGUAUUGCCUCAUAUUGCAGACAUGGUUCACGCCUUCUUGGAGGUGGGCACUGACACCUCGCUGACUGACUCACUGCGUGUCAAAGCUCUCUCUUGCAUUGCAUUUCUCAUCAAGUUAAAGAGCAAGGUUGUGCUGAAGCAGAAGCUGCUACUCCCCAUUCUGCAGGGCAUCUUCCCUGUUUUGACUGCAGCGCCUGUGCCCGGUGAGUACAACCAGGAUGAUGAUGAGGACGAUGAUGGAGAUGAGACAGACAACGACAAUCCUCAACAUUGUGCUGCUCAGAUCAUUGACACCAUGGCACUCCAUAUGCCUCCGGAGAAACUCUUCAAUCAACUGAUGCCACUGACUCAGGCCUGCCUGGCCAGUGAUAACCCCUAUGAGAGGAAGGGGGGUCUCAUGUGUCUUGCUGUGCUGGCUGAAGGAUGUGCAGAUCAUAUAUGUACCAAGAUGCUGUCAUCAGUGCUGCAGACGGUCUGCCAAAGCCUUUCAGAUGGUAAUCAGGUGGUGCGCAGUGCUGCCCUCUUUGCACUUGGGCAGUUCUCUGAACAUUUACAGCCUGAAGUGAGUAAACACUGUGAGCAGUUGAUGCCAUUGCUGCUUGGCUACCUUUCAUCUUUAAACCAGGCCAAAGUGGGGCAUGUCACGAAGGCUUUCUAUGCGCUGGAGAAUUUCAUGGAGAACUUGGGAGCAGAUAUUGAGCCAUACCUUCCCACCCUGAUGGAUACCAUGUUGUCUGCCCUGAACAGCACAGACAGCCUAAAAAUCAAAGCACUCAUUGUGUCUGCCAUCGGAGCCAUUGCCAAUGCUGCCAAAGAGUUGCUGGUUCCUUAUUUCCCCCAAGUCAUUGAAAGCCUGAAGGGCUUCCUAAACACCACCACCACAGAGGAAAUGAGGUCUCUGCAAAUUCAGUCUUUAGACACUCUUUCUGUGCUGGCUCGUACUAUCGGCAAAGAGGUCUUCAGUCCUCUUGCUGCCGAGUGUGUUCUUCUGGGCCUCAAACUGACUGACUCCAUAGAUGACCCUGACCUGAGACGCUGCACAUACAGUCUGUACUCGUCAUUGUCCACAGUCAGCCCAGACUGCCUGACUCCUCACCUCACUCCCAUAACAACAGUAAUGCUACUCGCCCUCAAAUCCAAUGAAGGCAUCACGGCACACCUCGAGGAGGACAAGACUUUUGCCUUGCUGGACAAUAAUGAUGAUGAUGAUGACGAUGACAAGGAAGAGGCAAAGGAUUCGGACGAAUUUCUGGAUGAUGAGCCUGGCAUGGAUUUCCAUGAUGCUACAGGGUUCAGUGUGGAGAACGCCUUCAUUGAUGAAAAGGAGGAUGCCUGUGAUGCACUUGGGGAGCUUGCCUACAACACUGGUGCUGUUUUCCAGCCCUUCUUGGAGUCCAGCUUCCAGCAGGUUUUCAAGAUGAGAGAUUAUCCCCAUGAAGAUGUUCGCAGGGCAGCGUUCGGGGCCAUGGGCCAGUUCUGCCGUGGACAGCACAGGAUUUGGAACGAGAAUCCCACUGACUUAAAUCAUCAAACCUUACUGAAGAUGCUGGAUGUGGUGUUUCCCAGUUUCCUGGAGAUGGUGCGCACUGAGCCAGAGCGCCAAGUUGUGAUGGCCAUCCUUGAAACUAUGAACAGUGUCAUCAAGACAUGCAAGGAGGAGGUUUUCAAGAACCCUACUCGCCUCAAGGAAAUUAGCAAUGUUAUCCGUGACGUUUUGAAGAAGAAGACUGAAUGUCAGGACAGUGAUGAAGCUGACGAUGACGACCAACAGGCUGAGUACGAUGCCAUGCUCCAAGAGUUUGCGGGUGAAGGGAUCCCCAUCCUGGCUGCCUCGGUGCCUGCAAACAACUUUGCUCCUCUCCUCAAUGAUCUGCUUCCUCUCAUCAUGAGCAAAACUAAGUCAUCAUGCACUGAGGCAGAAAAGUCCUUUUCUCUGGGUACCAUUGGGGAAAUUCUGGAGGCUCUGAUCAGCACGUCCGGCGGUCAGGAACUAGCGGCUCAACUGUCCCAUCGUGUCCUCCCAGUUUUUGUCACCGGAGUGAAAGACAGUGACGCGGAGGUGCGCAACAACUCUGUGUUUGGACUGGGGUGUCUUGCUCAGGCUGGUGGGCCCCUUGUCGCCUCAGAUUAUCCCAUCAUGCUCUCUGUCUUUUCCAACCUACUGGCAAAAGAAGCGGACCUAAGAGUCAUUGAUAACUUGUGCGCAGCUCUCUGCAGGAUGAUCCUAGGACACGUGGAAGCUGUCCCAUUGGAGCAGGUUGUCCCAGCUCUGCUCGCUCGUCUUCCACUCAAAGAGGACAUGGAGGAGAACAAGACUGUGUUCAGCUGCUUGGCCAUGCUCUACUCGCACAAUCCUCUUCUGAUUGUGAAGCUAAUGAAGCCAAUAGUCGACUUGUCCUGUCACAUACUUGGCGACAAGAAAGUGGAUAAAGAAUAUUCUGGUCACAUUGUUGAAGCAAUUUGCUCAGCGGCACCUCCCAGACUUCCAGGCGGCUGUGACCUCACUUCCUGGAGAACAACAGGCCAAGCUCAGCGCCGUCAUUGUGACCUCAUGAUGGCGAGCUACAUAUAGUUGACAUAGCAGUUAAAUUUUAUGAAAUAAAUAAAAAUACAGCAUUCAUUGGUGAAUAGCUAACACCAUUCAGUCUUGUAAUUUGUUUAAUCGAUACCCUUCUUGUAAUUUUCAUUCCUUACUCUGGGUAUUGGGUGGGAUCCCAGCGCUCAUAAAAUGUGACAAAACGAGUAAAUCGCGCUCAGGCUGAGUCACUAGUCCAGCUCUAUGACUGCUAUUUAUGCAGCUGCUCCCAGUCCCAAGAUACUAUGUCACUGACAAUAUAUUUGAUAAGGAAAGUACAUUUAUUCGCAAUGACUGUUGUGCAGAAAUACUAUAGUCCAGUCUUACAAGCUUGGAGAGAGUUUCACUAGAUCUGUUUCUAAUACGUAUAUCAGACAGACAUUAAUAUCCAUUAAGCAGCACAAUUUCGAUAUGUGGCAUAUGGUGACCUGCAAGGAAGGAUGAGAAAGGCAAUUCUACUUCAAGUUGGUGAAGUUUGAUGGUUUGCAAUUUAUCUGAAAGCCUUGUAUCAAUAGUAACAAAUAAACCCACAUCUUUUCAACAUU